AUGGGCAGCCUGCCGCUUCAGGACCUCGCGGCUGGGUGGGCGGUAAGUGGAGCCGCCAGCGUGCUUGUGGGCCACCCCCUGGACACAAUCAAGACUCGUUUGCAAGCUGGACAAGGAUAUGGAAAUACACUCAACUGUGUUCUCACUGUGUACAGAAAUGAGUCUGUGGCCGGCUUCUUCAAAGGCAUGUCCUUCCCGCUGGCCAGCAUCGCCGUCUACAGCUCCGUGGUGUUUGGCGUCUUCAGCAACACGCAGCGGCUCCUCAGCCAGCUCCGCCACGGAGACCCAUCCCGCACGCCGGUGCUUGCUGAUGUGGCUCUGGCCAGCGUGGUGACAGGGUUCAUCUCCGUGGGCAUCGGCACUCCUGUGGACCUGGUAAAGAUAAGGCUACAGAUGCAAACGCAGCCAUACAUCAAAGCAAACAUUGAACUAAAGCCCACAGUUCCUGGAUUUCCUGUGUACCGAGGCCCAAUUCACUGCUUUAGGACAGUCCUACAGAAAGAAGGGAUAGCAGGAAUAUACCGAGGCGUGGGAGCAAUGCUUCUGAGGGAUGUUCCCGGGUACUGCCUCUAUUUCAUCCCUUACACGUUUUUCUGUGGAUGGAUUACCCCUGACGGAUGCAUUUCGCCUAAUCCUUCCUCCAUCUGGCUGGCAGGGGGUGUAGCAGGAGCCAUUUCCUGGGGGACUGCUACUCCAAUGGAUGUUGUGAAAAGUCGACUUCAGGCAGAUGGAGUUUAUUUAAACAAGUACAAAGGGACCCUUGACUGUAUCUUGCAGAGCUACCAGAACGAGGGCUUAAAAGUCUUUUUUAGGGGCAUCACGGUCAAUGCAGUGCGAGGAUUCCCAAUGAGUUCAGCCAUGUUUCUUGGCUAUGAACUUUCCCUCAAAGCAAUGAAAAGAGACCAAACUGAGACCAAUCCUUAA